AUGUCUAUAGACUCCUUGAUAUACCCGGCAAUGAAACCUUUUAUUACUGGCCAUGAAGAAUUGAUACAUGACAUCAAGUAUGACUUCUACGGGAAACAUAUAGCAACAGUUUCUUCUGAUCAGCACAUAAAGGUUUUUGAUUUAGACUCAGCAACUUCGUCAUGGAUUUUAAAUGACCUGUGGAAAGCUCACGAUUCGCUGAUUGCUAAAAUUUCCUGGGCUCAUCCAGAAUUUUCAAGCUCCAAAAUCAUAGCGUCAUGCUCGUAUGAUAGAACUGUCAAAAUAUGGCAGGAGCAACCUGACGAAAUGCCUGGUUCAGGAAGAAGAUGGCUUAAGUUGGCAACAUUAGCUACAGAAUCGUACGGACCAAUCUAUGACGUUUGUUUCGCCCCUAAUCAUCUAGGAUUUAAGCUAGGCUGUGUUGGAUCUGAUGGAAUAUUCAGGAUAUACGAAUCCUUGGAACCCAAUGAUUUGACUGCGUGGGUAUUGACGACUGAAAUUGCAAUCUUGAAUCUGCUGUUGCCAGCUAAAAGCUUACAAAGUAGUUUUGGUGUUGAGUGGUGUCCCUCCAAAUUUACAAAAACAGAAAAAUUUAUAGUAGUUGCAUUAGAUCAAGGAUUUGUUUACGGAAGUGUACAGAAAGAAUCGAGUGGAGAAGAAAGUGCAAGCGACAAGUACGUCAAAAUAUGUGAUCUACCCGAACACAAUGGGCUUAUAAGGUCUGUCAGUUGGGCACCCUCCAUGGGUAGGAAGUAUCAUUUAAUUGCUACUGGUUGUAAAGACGGAUUUGUGAGAAUAUUCAAAGCCACUGAACAAGAGAAUGGAGAUUUAAAGAUUGAAACAUUGGCUAAAUUGAAUGACCACAAGCUGGAAGUAUGGAGAGUAAGCUGGAAUAUGACAGGUACCAUACUUUCAUCAGCGGGUGAUGACGGGAAAUUACGUUUAUGGAAAUGCAGUUAUUUAAAUGAAUGGAAGUGUAUGAGUGUGAUCAACACUAGCAAUAGAUCAGAUAGUCGUGGUAUUGAAACUGAAAAACCUAUAUAG